AUGCCCACAUAUGAUGGAAUAAGCCAAAACGGGGUGUACAGAACGGCCCACUUGGGGGCUGGCGGCUACAACAGCAAGGACGAGUACCACAAGCGAGUAGACGAUUAUCUCAUUAGGAACAGGACCAUAUUCCUCUCUGGAGAGCUGGACGAUGCUCUGUCGUAUAGAAUCGUGACGUCAAUUCUGCGCAUAAAUGAAGACGAUCCGGAGAAACCCAUCAAGUUUUACAUUAAUUCCCCGGGAGGUUCAGUCUCUGCAGGUUUGGCGAUUUAUGACCUGCUCAAGACGUUGAAAAUGCCAGUGGAGACUGUUUGUUUGGGCCAGGCGGCGUCAAUGGGAGCGUUUCUGCUGGCUUCUGGAACCAAGGGGAUGCGGUUUGCCAUGCCAAAUUCAAGAAUCAUGAUCCACCAGCCACUUGGGGGAGCACACGGUCAAGCUACAGACAUUGAGAUUCAGGCAAAUGAGAUACUGCAAACUCGAGAGAUUCUAAAUGGACUCCUCGCAAGCUUUACGGGAAAGACAGUCAAUGAGAUUGAAAAGGACUGUGACAGGGACUAUUACAUGCGACCGACCGAGGCUAUCAAAUACGGACUCAUUGAUAGAGUUGUUGAACCCUUUAGCAACUAG